AUGAAAUUGUCAACCCUCGCUGCUCGAACGACACUAUUCUCAUCCCUCUCCUCUCUGUCGCCUUCCCCCCUCUCGCCCCAAACGUACCUGCAGAUUCUCUUCGAGGAGGAAUCUCAGGAGUUUUUUUUCUUCACGCUGCCCGGAAUGGCCUCGCUCGCUCUCCGUCUCCCGAGCCUCGUCUCGCAGCAGGCUCGGAGCGUGGCUCGGGCAGCCCAAGCCGCGGCGCAGUCUGGCAGCAGCGGGGGGAGCGGAAGCGGGGGGAGCGGGAGCGGAAGCGGCAGCGGGGGAAGCGAGAAGUGGCGGAGGGGGACGCAGAUGACGCUGCAGCUGCUGAGGCCGCAGCAGCCGGGGCUUGUGCUUAUAACGCAGGAGCUUGCAGCGGCGCUAUUGGUUGGGGCGUUCUUCUGCGUGUAUCCGACGGCUGGGCGCGCGCAGGAGAGACUCCCGGAGAUCAACUUCGACCGCCUCUAUGGGGGCAUAUACGAGGGGUCGCCGCAACAACAGGAGAAGCUGCGGUGCCUGCUGCAUUAUUUCUGCCGAGUCGUCUCCUCCAUGCCUCAGGGCGCCGUCUCCUAUGCUCAUCUCUCACUUCCCCUUUCCCGUCCUCCCCAACCUCUCAGCGGCAUAUACGAGGGCUCGCCGCAACAGCAAGAGAAGCUGCGGUGUCUGCUGCAUUACUUCCGCCGAGUCGUCUCCUCCAUGCCUCAGGGCGCCGUCUCCUACGAGCGCAAGGUGCUGCCGCUCACCGCUGUCACACCCGCCACUGUCACGCCCGCUGCUGCUGCCCCACCGGCCCUCCACCCGUUCAACGCCCCCGGUACUGACACACCAGGCCACCUAAAGCAGCAGCAGCAGCAGCAGCAGCAGCAGCAGGAUGUAUAUAGUUGGGGUGGGGAGGCAGGGGAGGGUGGAUACAGGCACGGUUGUGGAGGGCGGGGAAGUGGGAACAUAAGACAAGGCGGUGGUAGUUCGCCGCCCGGAAGCGGUGGGAGUGGUGGGCAGGGUGGGCGGCGCAGUAAUGGUAACGGCGGCAGUAAGGGAAGUGGUAACGGCGGUGGUAACGGUAAUGGAAAUGGUUACGGCAGUGGUUACCACAGUGGUUCCCGAAGCUCGCCCAUGCAGAAAAGCAGCUCCAAUCGAAGCUCAGGUCCGACAACAGGCUCGGAUCCGAGCCUGGGAGGGUCGUGGGGGAAGGGCGGGGAAGGAGGGGGGUUGCGGAGUGGGGGGAGCACCAGGAGCUUCGGGGGGAGCUGGGGGACGCUUCCCCCUCCCCCUGGCGCGGACUUCUGGGGGAGUAGGCGGAUUCCACUCUGCGCCCUAGUGGUGCACGAGCGCGGCACUAUAGAGGGCGACGGCACGGGCUGUCUGCAGGUCGACUCCAAAGCAUCCGAGGACACACUCACAUGCCCCCACCCCUGCUUUCCCCAUUCCUCCGCCGCCCCUCCCCCUUUCCGCCCAUUGUACCACCACCAGGUGCAUGAGCGUGGAACAAUAGAGGACGACGGCACGGGCUGUGUGCAGGUGGACUUCGCGAAUGCCUUUCUGGGCGGCGGCACGCUCGGCUCGGGGUGCGUGCAGGAGGAGAUUCGUUUCGUCAUCUGCCCGGAGCUCAUCGUGGGAAUGCUUUUUCUGCCCGCCAUGGAGAACAACGAGACGAUUGAGAUCCACAUAGAGCGAGUGGUGGGUCAGCACAUAGAGCGAGUGGUGGGUCAGCACAUAGAGCGAGUGGUGGGUCAGCACAUAGAGCGAGUGGUGGGUCAGCACAUAGAGCGAGUGGUGGGUCAGCACAUAGAGCUAGUGGUGGGUCAGCACAUAGAGCGAGUGGUGGGUCAGCACAUAGAGCGAGUGGUGGGUCAGCAUAUAGAGCGAGUGGUGGGUCAGCACAUAGAGCGAGUGGUGGGUCAGCACAUAGAGCGAGUGGUGGGUCAGCACAUAGAGCGAGUGGUGGGUCAGCACAUAGAGCGAGUGGUGGGUCAGCACAUAGAGCGAGUGGUGGGUCAGCACAUAGAGCGAGUGGUGGGUCAGCACAUAGAGCGAGUGGUGGGUCAGCACAUAGAGCGAGUGGUGGGUCAGCAGGCUGCCAGCCAGCCCUUGCUGCCAAACGACCACACCGUCUCUGCUUUUAACGUCCCUUCCUUUUCCCUCCCACCUUCUCACGUCAUUUCCCCCACAACCCUCACCCCCUCUCUCCAUCCACCCCUCAGCUACGCAGCAACCUUCAAAUUCGCCGGUGAUUUCAUCGACACGGCCCCACGGGACUCCCUAGGGCGCCGCCAGACGCGGAUAGUGGCCAUGGAUGCGCUCUCCCACGCAGCAGACCGCCAAUUCCGCAGCUCCUACCUCCUCAGGGAAACCAACAAGGCCUUCUGUGGUUUCCUAGACCAUGCCUCUGCCAGGGGAUUCGCCGGCGGGUCGAUUCUCGCGAGGCGGGGGGAAGGGAGGCAGAGGAGUGGGGAAGGCAGUAAGGAGGGAAGUAAGGAGGGCAGUGGAGGAGGGGAGAACAGGAGUGGUGAGGGUAGUGGGACGGAGAAGCGGAAUGGGGGAAUGCAGACAGCAGGAGAUGACAGAGGAAAGGGCAGUGGAAGUGACAAUAGCGAAGGGAACCCUGCAGAUGCAGCCGCAGCUCGCCGCCCGAGGGGAGUGGGCGGGCGAGACUCGAGUGAGAGUGAGAGGGUGGACGGGGAGGAAGAGGAGGAGGAAGAGGAAGAGGAGGAGGAGGGAGAGGAGGAAGGGGAGGAGGUGCGGGAGGAGGAUGGGUUUGUCAUGGUGGAGAGGGGUGGAGGGAGGUUGGAGGGAGUGCGGGAGGAGUGGGGGGAAGAGAGAGAGGCGGAGCAACCACAGGGGAUUGAGGAGGGGGCUGCAGGGACAGGCGGGGGUGUGGUGGGGGGACGAGGGGAGAGGAGGGAGAUGGAGGUAGAGGGGGAGGCAGCCCCAAUGGAGGAGGACUGUAACGAGGACAAGCAAGCAGAUGUUAACGAGGCUAAUGAGGACACAGAGAUGGCAGAGGGAGGGGAGGAGGAGGUGAAGGAGAAGGAAGUGAGAGGAGUGAGAGAAGUUAGGGAAGAAGUGGGGGAGGAAGCACAUGAGAAGCAGGUUCAAACAACAAGCCAGGCGUCUGGGGAGUCACCGCAGCUGGGCAGUGCCAAUAGGGCGUCUGAACAGACUCCGUCCCCAUCCCUGCCCUUCGUGCGCACUGAUGCUCUCAUGACGUCAGCUGGGGGUGUGAUGGCAGCAGCUGGAGGUUUGGUGACGUCAGCAGGUGUUGCUGUGCCUGUGGGGUCGGUUUGCUUUCCCUCCAUCUCCCCUCAGGGCACUGCCACGGGGACAGGGGGGACUGGCGCGGGCACAGGGGGGAGGACAUGGGGAUCAGGGGCAGCCACUGGUGGGGGGAGUGGGGGAGGGACGGGGGGAACUGGGGGAACGGGGGGAACAGGGGGAAUAGGGGGAAGGGGUGGUGCAGCAAGGGGGGAAGCAGGAGGAGGUGGUGGUGCGGAGGGGGGCGGAGGGAGGGCGGAAGGCAGUGGGAGUGACACCCAAAGUCGGGCGGCAACUGAUUCAAGCGGGCGGCAUUUGUCUCUUUCUGGGCUGAGGCGGGCGGUGGAGGAGGAGGUGGUUGGGGCGGGCGGCGGGGGAGGGCUUGGGGAGCAUGGGGGGCAGGAGGAGACGGGGAGUGGGGGAGGGAGCAGGGGGAGGAGUAGGGAUGAGAAUGGGAGUGACAGCGGGGGGAGUGAUGACUUGGGGAAGGCAGCAGGUGACGCAGCAGGAGCAGCAGCACCAACCACAGCACUACCAGUAGCGGAGGCAGCGGCGGCGGCGGCGGCUGCGGCGGCUGGGGAAGCAGCAGCAGCGGCAGCAGCAGCAGCGGGCAUGAGACCGGGGCGGCUGAGCCUGACGUUGCAGCACAACCGCAUGGGCAUAGCGACGGGCAACUGGGGGUGUGGCGUGUUUGGGGGCGACCUGGAGGUGAAGAGCAUGCUGCAGUGGAUGGCUGCCUCUGAGGCCGGCCGCCCCUUUGUGCUCUACUUCACGUACGCUGACCACCGCGCUGCCAGACUCAAAGAGGAAACACAAGUUUCCAACAAUGAACAUAUGCUGGGCGUGUUUGGGGGCGACCUGGAGGUGAAGAGCAUGCUGCAGUGGAUGGCUGCCUCUGAGGCCGGCCGCCCCUACGUGCUCUACUUCACGUACGCUGACCACCGCGCUGCUAGACUCAAAGAGGUGUGCGAGUGGCUGCUGAGGGAGGGGUGGAGCGUGGGUGAGCUGUGGACCACAGUGGCUGAGUACAGCCGGCAGCGGCGAGACCACCAGCUGCACCUGCAGCUGCUCCCCCCCGCUCCUGUCCAUCCAAACCUGUCAGCAGGUUCUCCCGAGCCUGACGCCAAGCGUGCCCGCCUGUCCACCUCCGGAGGUUCGUCCCGAGCCGUGUCAUCCCCUCCCCGCACCUCCCGCUCCCUGCACACCGAACUGCAGUACGCGUUUGAAGACCCAUGCCUCGUGCCUGAAGUGGGGGGGACCACGGAUGGGCCCAGAACCGACCAGCAGAGUGGCCGUGCGGAGGGUGGUGAGGGUAUGCGGUGUGGUGGUGUGGCGGAUGGCAGGGGGGGAGGGGGAGGAGGGGGAGGAGGGGGAGGAGAGGGAGGAGGGGGAGGGGGGGGAGGAGGGAGAGGAGGGGGGGUGCAUGGGGAAGUGCCAGGUGGGGUUGAUGCAUGUGUGCGGGAUGAGGCACAGGGAGCAGGGCGCAGGGAGGAGGCAGAAGAAGCAGGGCAGAAAGACGAGCAGGGACAGCAAGCAGGGCGCAGAGAGCAGCAGGGGCACGAAGCCGGGCACAGGGACGCGGUGCAAGGGCGGGAGGACAGGGGCGACAGGGGAGGGAAGGUAGGGCAGCAGGAGACAUGGGGGGGUGGGCACGUUGAGGCUCAUAGGGAAGUGGGAGGCAUGACCCAUGCAGGAGUGGAUUCUCAGGCGUGGCAGGAAGGGGGCGAGGAGGGGGCAGUGGAUGAAGGAGUGGGAGGGCUUCGGGAGAAUGAGAGCGAGGAGACACAAGGGGAAGGGCGAGAGGAGAGACAAGGGGAGGGGCGCGGAGAGUUGAUGGCGCAACAGGGAGAGGUUCCAGUGCUGAAUAGGGAAGCAAGGUGGCACGGGGAUGGGGAUGGUGGGGCCGCUGGGAAUGGCAAUGGGAGAGAUGGGGAAAGAAUGCACGACGAGGAGAAUGAGGAGCAGGAGCCAGAGGAGGAGGAGGAGGAGGAGGAGGAGGAGGAGGAGGAGGAGGAGGAGGAGGAGGAGGAGGAGGAGGAGGAGGAGGAGGAGGAGGAGGAGGAGGAGGAGGAGCAGGAGGGGGGGAGAGGAGCGGCCAUGCGUGGCCAGUCGGUGCCUCGUUGGGGAGAGUCCAGUGCUCAGAGCAGCAGACAGCACAGACAGCAACCGCAGCCGCAGCAGCAGCAGCAGCAGCAGCAACAUCAGCCACAGCACAAUCUGCAGCAGCCGCAGCAGCAGAGGGAGUCAGGCAGUGGGGAGGGAGUGGUGCCUGGAAGCGGUGGGGGGCCAUCCCAACAGCAGUCAACCCAGCAGCAAUCAGUCCAGCAGCAGUCUAGAGAGGGAGAGGAGACAGCAGCUGCUGCACACGAAACAGACGAGGCUCGGGCCGAGGCAUGGGGUCAGGUGCGGGGACUGACUGGGGAAGCGGGUGAAUUGGAAGAAAGGGAUGGGGGGGAGGAGAGGGAGGAGAGGGAGGAGAGGGAGGAGAGGGAGGAGAGGGAGGAGAGGGAGGAGAGGGUGGGGGCCGAUGAAGUUGAGGGGAGGUCUUCUGAUCAGCGUUACCUGAGGGAGGUGCCUUCUGGGAGCGGCUGGCAGAACGUCUCGUUUGGAGAUGGGCGGUCAAGAUCGGACGAUAUGAGUGAUAGUACCAAUAGGGAAGCGGCUAGUAGCGAGGAUAUGAGUAGGUCGCAAGGGAGUGGGAGAGAUGGUGGAAGGGCGGGGCGUGGAUUGAGAGGCGGGAAUAGAAGAUGGGGGGGGAGGAGUAGAGGCUCUAGUGAUGGCCAAAGGGUUCGCGAUCAUCGCUCCGCCCUCCCGUCCCUCAUGUCGCCUCCGUCCCGCAUUUCCUCUCGUGUUUCUCUUCCCUCCCGUCCCUCUCGACCUUCUCCGCCGCUCGCCUCAGCCCCACAUUCGCAUCGCUCACUCGAUCCCUCCGCGCACUCCCUCACGUCGCUCGCUCAAACCCACCGCUCACAAAGGUUUGUCACCUCAUCGGUUCCGUCGCUCACACACCCACGUUUGACACACCCGUUCUGCACACUCCCCCGUCGCACACUCACUUCGUCGCUCAAGAACUCCCGUCCCGCAAGGUUUGAUCCUGUCGCUCUCGUUACCCGUUGUGGUCCGUCCAUGUUCGUCACGCGCCCGUCUUCGUCGCUCCCAUUGUUCGCUCACCCCCCUCCCCUCUUCCUCCCUUCUUCCCCUCCAUACCCUGCCAUGCGCCAACUUCUCCGCACCAAUCUCCGCGUGCCUGCUGCGCGUAACGGUGCUGCAGAUCCGGCUGGCGCUGAUGAUCGAGGACCCACGCGAGGCGGUUCGGCGGCCGCAGAUGGGCAUGGCGGGUGCUCUCACUACGAUUCUGCCGACGCCUUCCUAGAGCCACACGUCCUCCUUCCUAACCUGCCCUUCUUCUCCCCACCAGUGCCUCCCUUCCCUCCGUCUCACUUCGCCUUUUCCCUCGUUUUUCCCCCCGUCCCUCACAGUGCAGCCUGUCUCGUGCCUUCACUCUCAGCCCAUCUCUCCCCGUCCUUUUCUACCCAUAAUCUCAUUUCCGCCUCUGCCAUCUUUUCCUACUCGCCACCCUCCCUUCCCCCCCCUUCCGUAUGCGCUGUUUCUCCCGACUCUCACCCGUGCUGCUCCCACUUACCUCCUCGCCUCGUGUUUAUCACUUCCCCCCUCACACGCCCCUUGUAA